AUGGCACCUCCAAAACGCACCUCCUCGACACUCGUCACCUCGUUCAUGAACGCAAUCAAACCUCUCAACACGAAAUUGGGUAUUCCUGGGAUUACGGUCGAGCCCGACUCGAUGGAGGGUGGUCAUCAUGCGAGUAGAGGUCUCACUGGAGGUCCGUACGUGAAUGGAUCCGGUGGAGUCGGAAAGUUCGCCACAGGUAGUUCGAUGUUUUUGGGUGCCACGUCGCUACUGGGCAAAGUAGCCAUUGUGACAGGAUCCGGCCGCGGAACGGGUGCAUCCAUCGCAAAGUGUCUCGGGGAGCACGGGUGCUCCGUCGUUGUUAACUACGUGACAGAUGCUACUUCCGCCUCUUCCGUCGUACACCACAUACGCUCACAAGGCAAGGGCGGAGCGAUCGCCGUCAAAGCCAACACAGCGACCAUCCAAGGUGGUCUCCAGCUCAUCGAAGAAACGAUAAAGACGUUUGGCCGGGUGGAUGUCGUCGUCUUCAAUUCGGGCGUAAUGGAGAGCAGUACGUUGGAUGGGCUGGGUGAGGUAGGAGAGGAAGGGGAGAAGAGCUGGGAUAGGGCGUUUGAAACGAAUGUGAAAGUCCCGCUAUGGAUGUGCAAGAAGGUUGCCCCGAUGAUGGGACCUGGAGGGCGGAUAAUCUUCUUUUCGUCGACGUUGACUGCAGCGUCUACUGUACAGCCAAAUGCACUGUGCUACGUCGCAACCAAAGGUGCGAUCGAGCAAAUAUCGAGGGUUCUGGCGAAGGAUUUGGGGAGUAGGGGCAUCACUGUGAACACGAUCAGCGUCGGGCCGAUCGAUACGCCAAUGUUCCGCGAAGGCAAGUCCUCGCAUGCAAUCUCGUCUAUCGCGAAACAAACGCCCUCGAAGCGACUUGGCGAACCGGAAGAUGUGGCACCUCUUGUGGCGUUUCUAGCAAGCGAAGCUGCGAGGUGGAUUAAUGGGCAGAAUCUGAGGUGCGAUGGUGGCUACGUCGUAUAG